AUGAGACCCCACAUUCUCUUGGUUCUUUUAGUUACACUAACAAACUGUUCAAUACCGCCAAAUUUCAAGAAAUGCUUCCGCAAAGAUCCGAAUUUCAAGAACUGUAUUCUCGAAGCCGUGCAGUCUGGCAUCCCACAACUCACUAAACCCUUCAAAUCACUAGAUCUUCCAAACUUGGAGCCUUUUGAGGUCCCUUUACUAACAGUACGCGAUAAAGGCGGCGCCGUCGCCCUGAAUCAAAAUUUCAAAAACUGCGUCUUCUAUGGACUAACAACAAUGAAAAUUCAGGACUUUGACCUAGAUUUCGAAAAGAAAACACUAUUUGUGGACAGCGUUGUCCCAAAAAUGGUAUUCAAGUGUCAUUACCAACUGGAGGGUAAGGUGCUGGUGUUACCCAUCAAAGGUGACGGCAACAGCACCAUUAAGUUCACGAAUUUCCGUUUAAAGUUUCGUUCUUUUUAUGACGAAAUUGUGAGAAAUAGUAAGACUUACUACACGACAGCUAGCACGGAAAUGCAGUCGGAUGUAGAACACUCUCAUUUUCAGUUUGAUAAUCUUUUCAAUGGAAAUAAAGAGCUGGGUGAUAAUGUUAAUUUGGUGCUUAACGACAACUGGAGACAAGUUGUGGACGAGCUGCAUCCCGAGUACAACGAAAUUGUGAGGCAAAUAUUGACGGGGAUGAUUGAGAAAGUUUGGACGAAGGUUUCUUUGGAGGAAAUGUUCGAUUGA